UGGGGGAGGAGCAGGAUUAUAAAGGUCUUGGCUCAUCAGGCUGAAGUGGUUUCUGUAUCAGGAUCUGGUUCAUGAUGCAUCUCCUUCAUCUUCUGCUCGUCUUCAUCGUAUCAGGUGGAGCUCUCUGCAGCAUUCCCAUCUUCACCAAAAAUGAAGGAGAACAUUUGUCUUUCGGAUGCUUCUUUAAUUCUUCUGAGAGCAAUAAGUUGUUCAUCAGGAGGGGGGCCGGGGGGGAACAGCUGCUCCUGGAGACCGGCGGCCUCACAGCUGAGAGCGGCAAAUACAGCAUCAACUACGACUCAGAUAUCAACCUGUUCUAUGUGAAGAUAGAACAGCUGGACCGGUCGGACUCUGGACGGUACCGCUGCGGUCUGGGCAACGCUGCGUCUCCAGAUCCACUACGAGAGUUUGAACUCAGAGUCACAGAUGUGAUGUGUGAUGCAAACUCCACUCUCAGCUCAGGAGUCAGUGUUUGUAGUGAAGCUGUGAGUUUCAAAGUCAGAUGCUCUUUUCCUUCCGCUGGACUCUUCCCUCUGUUCUUCUGUAAGGACUCAUGUAGGAAACAGGACGUUCUGAUUGAGACCAGUCAGAGCACAGCUGAGAGAGGCAGAUACCGGAUCGACUACGACAAGAACGGAGUGUUUUAUGUGACGAUUGCAACCCUGACCAAGUCUGACUCCGGUCUGUACAGCUGUGGAGUCGACAGAACAUCUGCUUCCAAUCCAUGUCUGAGGUUUGAGCUCAGAGUCACAGAUGCCAAUCAGCCGCUCUCCAGUCCAGGGAUGUGCAUGCCUGCCACAGCCCCCCCACCCGUCAGCACCCUUCCUGCCACAGCUCCCCCACCCGUCAGCACCCUUCCUGCCACAGCCCCCCCACCCGUCAGCACCCUGCCUGCAGCUCCUCACACGGCUGCUCAACACUCUGACACUCAGCAGCAGAGUCAGACAACAGGUUUCCUCCUUCCUCUGGUUGGGUUCCUGCUGGUGCUGCUGGUGCUGGUGGCUGGAUCUCUGCUGCUCUACAGGAAGACAAGAAGACACUCCUGUGAAGUGAACGCUGCAGAGUCCAACAGUGAAAGUAUAGAGUGUGCCACAUUUCAACCUGCAGCAGAUCCUCAGCAGGGCCCAGUCUGAAGAUAAUGACAUCAUCAUCAUCAUCAUCAUCAGUGUUUCCUGUUUUAAGCGUUGUGGCGCCAUCUGCUGGUUCAAUGAGAACAACUCUGCUUCAUCAUCAUCAUCAUUAAAUAUUAAAUAAAUAAUAAAUGAAAUUAAAUAAACAUGAA